AUGAGUGCCGACCAGGACUAUUCGCAGUUGCCCGUGGACGAGAAAAUCGCACACAGUGUGUGGAAGGUGCGGCUCGACGGCUACAAUGCGCUCAUUGCCCAGUUCGAGGGCUCGCGCCACGAACACGACCCGUGUUUUGCCGCAGUGGCCACCAAGCCCGACACGCUCACGCGGGCCGUGCAGGACCCCAACGUGGUGGCGCAGGAGCAGGCCUUGCUGCUCGUGUGCAAGUACCUCGAGUACGGGUGCCCCCCGGGCGGCGCCGCCCGGUUGAAGACGGCCGGGCUCGUGCCCGCGUUGUGCGAGAAGGGGCUCGCGUCCAGCCGCGCGGGCACAAAGGCAAAGGCCGCGGACGCGCUCGUGUUGCUCACGGACGCGGCCGGCUCGGCCGACUGGAUCGUGGAGCAGAUGGCGCCGAGCCUCGAGCACAGGCUCCCCAAACUCGUGGCCGGCUGCGUGCACGCGCUCGCGCGGCUCGUGCACACGUUCGGCUGCGUGGUGGUGCCGCCGCGGCUCCUCCUCGCGGCGUUGCCCCGGCUUUUCGCCCACGCAGACCGCGGCGUGCGCGCGGAGACCACCGCGUUGGGCGUGCAGUUGUACGUGUGGCUCCGCGCCGCGCUCACGCUGCUGUUGUUCCCGGCGUUGAAGCCCGUGCAGCAGCGCGACUUGGCCGCGGAGUUCGCCAAGGUCGAGGACUCCGCGCCCGAGCAGAAGCGGCUCACGCGGGCCCAGCGGGACGAGGCCGCGGCGCGCCAGCAGUCCGCCAGCGCCGCGGAUGCGGCGGGCUCCGCGGACGUGGCCAUGGCCGACGCGCCCGGCGCGGCCCCGGGCCCGGCCCCCGACCCGUUCGACAUGGUGGAGCCCGUGGACGUGUUGUCGCAGAUGCCCGCGGACUUGUACGCGCGGGCCGCGGCCGCCAAGUGGAAGGACCGCGUGGAGGCGCUCGAGGAGGCGCAGGCCGUGCUUGCGCGGGCGCCGCGGCUCAGGAACGACGACUACACGGAGCUCGUGCGGCUCUUCGCCAAGGGCUUGCGCGACGCCAACGUCCAGGUCAUGGUGCUCGCAGCCAGCGGCACCGCGUCGUUGGCCCGCGGCUUGAAGGCCGCGUUUCUGCGGUACCGCCCGCUCGUGCUUCCGCCGUUGAUUGAGCGCACCAGGGAGAAGAAGCCGGCCGCGGCCGACGCGCUUGCCGCGGCCUUGGACGCCGUCUUCGCGGCCUGCUCGCUUCUGGACGUGUUGGACGAGACGCUCGCGGGCAUGCAGCACAAGACGCCGCAGGUGAAGAUCGCCGCCACGGGCUUCCUCCGCCGGUGCUUGGCCGCCACGCCCGCCGCGCCCUCGGCCGCGCAGAUCGACCUGAUCAUGUCCGUGGGCGUCAAGCUCCUCACGGACUCGCAGGAGCCCGUCCGCCAGGCCGCCACGGAGAUGGUCGGCACGCUCAUGAAGAUCACGGGCGAGCGCGAGCUCCGCGCUUUGCUCGACAAGGUCGACGAGAACAGGCUCGCCAAGGUGCACGCGGUGUUCGAGGCCGCCACCGUGAACGCGAGCGGCGGCGCCCCUCCGAAACCCGCGGGCGCCCCGGCCGCCGCGCCCCUGCCGCGUCUCGCAAGCGCCCCUGUGCUCCGGACGGGCCCGUCCCCUGCGAUCCCCUCGAAGCGUCUCGCCACGUCGCCGGCCAAGCGCGCAGACCUGACCACGAAGGCGCCCAUGAAGAGCUUCACGGGACGCCUGCUCGCCCCGCCCGCGUCCAGGGGGGCCGCUGGGGCUGCCAAGCCUCCGGCCGAGCAGCCCGUGCCGCCGCACGUUCUCGACGAGAUACGCACGCUCAAGGAGGAGAACCGCCGUCUCAAGGAGGAAACCGAGCUGGGCCUGAAGGCGCAGGCCGCGGCCAUGGAGGAGUCGCGCCGGGCGAGGCAAGAGAACGCGGCCUUGACUGACAAGAUCGAUCUGCUCUACCGGGACAACACCAACGGCAAUCUCAUGGUGAAACAAAAGGACACGCAGAUCAUGCGCCUCACCAGCGACUUGGAGAACGCAAAGUUGAAGAUCAAGAGCCUAGAGCAGGUCAUCGAGAUGAUGAAACUCCAGCAUCCCGCGCCGCCGGCACAGCCGUCGCCUUCCUUCCAAACAGACUCCUUCGCGUCUCCGUUCGCAUCGCCCGCCGCCAACCCUCUGUCCAGGCAUGCGCUGUCUGAGCUCAGCUCGCGUGUCAACAGACUCUCCAUCGAAGGCGGGGCGGCAUUGAACAAUUCACAUGAGCAGUCGCCGGCCAGUCUUGCAGACGCGCCCGGCACAGGCCUAUUUACGCGGGCCACCAAUGUUGACAGCGCCCACCACCCGCCGGGCCCCGAAACCAGAAGCACAGGGGACGGCGAAGAAAACUGGAGAAAGGCCACGGAAGUCACGGCCCAGCUCAAGGCAAGAAUCGAGAAGAUGAAGCAACGGAACCGCCUUGCCAGCCGAUCGUGA